AUGUCUCCAAAUCAAACUCUCUCUACUGAUCCAGUUUCAGGAAAAAAAAAGAUUGACAGUGUAUUAACAACUAAUGCAACUGGUACAAGAAAACUUAAACCAAUUGUAAUUGGAAAGUCUGUCAACCCAAGAUGUUUCAAAAAUGUAAAUAUGUCUUUGUUACCUGUUAUUUACAAGUCUACUCCAAAAGCAUGGAUGCACAGUGAUAUUUUUGAAGAUUGGUUAAGAAAUUUGGAUAAUCAAUUUCAAAGAGAAAGAAAACAUAUUCUGCUUCUAAUUGACAAUGCACCAUCCCAUGUGGAUCCAGGAUCAAUCUUAGAUGAACAACCUGAAGAACAAGCUACCACUGAUGGAAUAAUUGAAUCUUUAAAUCAAUCAGAUCUUAGUGAUGAUUUGGAAAUUUUGGAAUAUGUCAAUGAUAAUGAAUUGAGUUUGACAGAAAAGCCUUUAGAUGAUGAUGAAAUAGUCCAAAUGGUUUUGGAUGAAGCAAACAAUGUAAAUGAUGAAUCGGAAGGUGAAGAUAUUGAUGAACUGAAAGUCAUUGCAACCAAUGAAGAUGCUUUGAAAGCAGUAGAUACAUUGAUUGAAUAUUUUGAACAUCAAAAUGAUUUAGAGUUUAAUGAGAAUUAUUAUAAAAAUUUAAAAAAAUAUUGA